AUGCUCUCGGGCACGGAGGCGGCGGCAGCGGAAUGCGAGGACGCGGAGCUGCGGUGCCGCGUGGCUGUGGAGGAGCUGAGCCCGGGCGGACAGCCGCGAAGGCGCCAGGCCCUGCGCACGGCGGAGCUGAGCCUGGGUCGUAACGAGCGCCGCGAGUUGAUGCUGCGGCUGCAGGCGCCGGGUGAGUGUAAUCCCUGCGACUGGGAAGCCCCAAAGUGGCCCCUACCUGUGAAGAGGCUGAGCUUGCCCCCAACCAAGCCACAGCUUUCUGAAGAACAGGCUGCUGUGCUGCAGGUCGUCCUGAAAGGCCAGAGCAUUUUCUUCACUGGGAGUGCAGGGACAGGGAAAUCAUACCUACUGAAGCGUAUCCUGGGCUCACUGCCCCCCACGGGCACUGUGGCCACUGCCAGCACUGGGGUGGCAGCCUGCCAUAUUGGGGGCACCACCCUCCAUGCCUUUGCGGGCAUCGGUUCGGGCCAGGCUCCCCUGGCACAGUGUGUGGCCCUAGCCCAGCGGCCAGGCGUGCGGCAGGGCUGGCUGAGCUGCCAGCGGCUGGUCAUUGACGAGAUCUCCAUGGUGGAGGCAGACUUGUUUGACAAGCUAGAGGCUGUGGCCAGAGCUGUCCGGCAGCAGAACAAACCAUUUGGCGGGAUCCAGCUCAUCAUCUGUGGGGACUUCCUGCAGCUGCCACCUGUGACCAAGGGCUCCCAGCGCCCGCAGUUCUGCUUCCAGGCCAAGAGCUGGAGGAGGUGUGUGCCAGUGACGCUGGAGCUGACCGAGGUGUGGAGGCAGGCAGACCAGACCUUCAUCUCUCUGCUGCAAGCUGUGAGGCUGGGCAGGUGCUCAGAUGAGGUGACCCGCCAGCUCCGGGCCACAGCUGCUCACAAGGUGGGACGAGACGGGAUUGUGGCCACAAGACUCUGCACUCACCAGGAUGACGUGGCCCUGACCAACGAGAUGCAGCUGCAGGAGCUGCCAGGUGAAGUACACAGCUUUGAGGCUGUGGACAGCCACCCUGAGCUAUCCCGGACCCUGGAUGCCCAGUGUCCUGCUAGCCAGCUCCUUCAGUUAAAGCUGGGGGCCCAGGUGAUGCUGGUGAAGAACUUAGCAGUGUCUCGGGGCCUGGUGAAUGGUGCCCGAGGGGUGGUGGUUGGGUUCGAGGCGGAAGGGAGAGGGCUGCCCCAGGUGCGGUUCCUGUGUGGAGUCACUGAGGUCAUCCGCGCUGACCGCUGGACAGUGCAGGCCACAGGGGGCCAGUUCCUCAGCCGGCAGCAGCUGCCCCUCCAGCUGGCCUGGGCAAUAUCCAUCCACAAGAGCCAGGGCAUGUCCCUGGACUGUGUGGAGAUUUCCUUGGGCCGUGUGUUUGCCAGUGGCCAGGCUUAUGUGGCCCUUUCCCGGGCCCGCAGCCUGCAGGGCUUACGGGUGCUGGACUUUGACCCCAUGGUGGUUCGCUGUGACCCCCGUGUGCUGCACUUCUAUGCCACCCUGCGGCAGGGCAGGGGUCUCAGCCUGGAGUCCCCAAAUGAUGAUGACGCAGCCUCAGACCAGGAGAACAUGGACCCAAACCUCUGAGCUCCAGCUGCAAAGAGAAAACAAAGGGUGGUCUCCCCUCCUGUUCCCUAGUGGGCCAGGGCCCCAGGGAAUAUCUGGGGAAGGGCAGCCAGUGUUUUUUCUCUGUUCUUUAAGGGCUUUCAGACUCCUGGCAGGGUUAAAGGUAGAGUGCUUCCCUCCCACUUACCAGCUGUGCCUCAGUUCUCCCCCUUUGCCCUGGGUAAGCUGCUUCCAAGGCCAUAAGUAACCCUUUCUGUGCCAGCUGGGAAUGGGCCUGUGGUGGCACCUGGUGUCAGAGGACAAAGCUCUCUGCGAGGGCUGGACAUGGGGCCACACAGUCCUGAACACCGCUCCCUUUGGGCUGCAGAAGGGAGAAACAGUGAAGAUAGGUGAUCUGGGAGCAGCACCAGCGUUUCCAGUCGGGGACCUGGGAGGGACUCAGGCCAGGUAUAGGCGCAAGACAGAGAAUGGAACUUGGUAUCUCCACGGCUAGGCUGAGCCUAGCACAGCCCAGAACAAAUACCCUUCUGAGCCUAACCUGAGAAUAUACACUGCAAAAGGUGCACCCAUAUUUUAAGCUGCUUUUUCAAUAGAGAAACAGUGUUUAAGGGCAUUGAAAUGGAUUUUUUUUUUUUCCUUUUUGUCUUUUUUC